AGGCCGCGACAGUUGAUAAAUACUUGCAGAAUCCGGCUAGAUCCAACCGUAGUGUCGAAUCAGUCAUGGCAGCAUUAUUGUGGUCUACAAAAUCAUGUGUGUCCAUCAUUUCGAGGGGUUUGAGGACAUACGGAACCCCGUCAGCGUCUAAAGCGGUAAUGAAAUCGGACCCCUUGGAACCUGACGCACCAGUUGUCCACACAGCGAUCCCAGGACCUAGGUCCCAAGAGCUACUUACGGAGCUUGGUACCAUUCAGAACACCGGGGCAGUGCAGUUUUUCGUUGAUUAUGAAAGGAGUCGGGGAAACUACCUGGCUGACGUGGACGGAAAUGUGAUGCUGGACUUGUUCACCCAAAUUUCCUCCGUUCCUCUAGGGUACAACCACCCCAGACUGGUGAAGGCUCUGCUGAAGGAAGAAAACAGGGCUACAUUGAUCAACCGCCCAGCUCUUGGAGUGUUCCCACCUGGUGACUGGAGCUCUCGUCUCAGAAAUGCUUUACUUUCGGUGGCUCCCCCUGGCCUGAACCAAGUCCAGACAAUGGCCUGCGGCGCAUGUUCUGUAGAACACAGCCAGAAAGCUAUGUUUAUUGCAUACCAGCGCCGUCAGCGAGGUGGGCAACCCCCUUCUCCCGAAGAACUCCAGUCAUGUGUGGAAGGACACGCCCCUGGAAGUCCCAAUCUGUCUGUCCUAUCGUUUACAAAUGGUUUUCAUGGCAGGACUAUGGGUGCCCUGGCCGUUACACAUACCAAAUGGGUUCACAAACUGGACUUUCCUGUACCAGACUGGCCCUGUGCCAGUUUCCCCAACCUGCAGUAUCCACUGGACCAAUUCCAUAGGGAGAACCGAGCUGAAGAAGACCGCUGUUUGGAUGAGGUGAAGGAGCGUUUGCAUGCCUGGGAGAAGAAGAAUUGUCCAGUGGCCGGGAUUAUUGUGGAGCCUAUCCAGUCGGAGGGAGGAGACAAUCAUGCGACUUCCUACUUCUUCCAAGGUCUCCAAGACAUCGCCAACGAUCACGAAAUCCCUUUGAUGUUGGACGAAGUGCAAACAGGAUGUGGUGCAACUGGCAAGUUCUGGGCGCAUGAGCACUGGGACCUGAAAGAUGCUCCCGAUAUUGUGUGUUUCAGUAAGAAAAUGCUUACCGGGGGAUUCUUCUAUAAAGACCACUUACGUCCUCAAGAGGCACACAGGAUUUUCAAUACAUGGGUAGGAGACCCUUCCAAAAUGAUCUUCCUUGAGGAGGUGGUGAAUAUGAUAAAAGAGGAAGGACUUUUACAGCGAGUGAAAGACACCGGAUCUUAUUUACUUAGCGGACUCUACGAUAUGCAGACCAAGUACCCCGGAAUACUAAGCAAGGCACGAGGACUUGGAACAUAUUGUGCAAUAGACUUCAAGGACGCUGACACCAGGGAUAAGGUUUUGAAUGAGCUUAGGCAAAAAGGUGUUCAUCUCGGCUCUUGUGGAAACUGUACCAUCCGGUUCAGACCUACCCUAGCCCUGUUCAGAGAUCACGUGGACAUCUUUCUGGACGCUUUCAAUUCAGUGAUAGGUGGGCUGAAAUCUUAAGAAGUCGUAAGAUGGAUUCACAAUAGACUGUUACCGAUAGCAGCACCGUCUAGACUGAAUGAGCCAUGCUGGACUGUGUGAAUGUGUUAAGCUGUUACUGAAAUGGCAGAUGGUGUUUCUCAGUUAUGGAGGUCACCUUUAAUCCAAUGUUGAAAGUAUUUUGUUGAGCCUCGUGGAGCAGUCAUUUUUACAUUGGAAUUUUAUCGAACAGUUUUACUUGCGAUAAACAAACACAGUUGAAGUGAGCAAGUAACAUUUGAGUUAUAGCAAGGAACUUAAGUUAUCUCUCCAAAUACUUUCAUUUUGCGUUCUAUAAUUUAUGCCGCAAACAAAAACAUAGAUCAACAACUACAUCCUGUUUUUGUGAUAUCAUAAUCUCAUAAUAAAUUGUCUCAUGGAAUGUACCAUUCAAUGUCUUUUUAAGCCCAUUGCUUCCAUACCAGUAAUAAUAUUAUACAGAUUUAUUCAUAGAAAUAGAACGGAUGUCGUGCUGAAAAUUUCAUGUAAACAGUAUGUAAUAUGAAUGUUUAGAUUGCAUGUGUUAUUAAAGCGUAUCUUUGUUCCAGAGUGAAUGGAUGGAACUGUUUCUCUUA